GAGUAAUUUCGCUCCAAGAAUUCAUGUGUAUAUUUGGAUAGGCGUUUCCAACAGCGCCGUCGCAUCGCCGAAUCACUGCUCUCUCUCUCUCUCUCUGAUGCGAUCGGAGUGACGUGCUUGUGACGAUGCCGACCUCCGCCGCUGCCGACGGCCUCCCGAGGAGUCUACCUAGCAAAGCCCUGCCGUCGCCACCCGACUCUGGUCUUCGCCAGGCACGGAAGCCCCACCCCGGCUGCCGCGUCCGCAACCGCGAGUUCCGCGGCGCCGCUGUCCGGACUCGCCUAAGAAAGGGCGGCACCGCAGCCGGCGGGAGGAGGAGUGGCCCCGGCACCCCAUUUCUUCGGUGGAAGUUACAGGAAGCCCCCCCGCCGAAGCCCGUCAACGAGGUCGGCGAUGUCCGCCCCGGAGCUGGGCCUCCGCGCAUGUCGGCGAGGAAGCUCGUGGCUCGGAUCUGGCACCUGCAGCCUCUGCGUGAUGGCAAUGGCAGCCGACGACCUCCUCCUGGUCUCGAGUCUGUUCCUCAGCAUCAACGAGAUCGGCUGCUUUGUAAUCCCCUUGGCGCUGACCUGCAUGCUAAUAAGAAUAAAAAGAAUGGAUCUGUCGGUCCAGUCUCAGUUCUAAGUCCCAAAUAUGGCAAUGUUCUUAAGCUCGCUGGAUUUCCCAAUUCUGUAACGGAGAAUGCAACUAAAUGGGAUCCUGAGAGCUCGAUGACAUCGGAGGAGGUCUUCCGGUUCUAUGGUCAACUGAAGCUUCUUGAAGCUCAGGAAUUGAACACAGAUACACUCGUUAAUUCCCUUCGGACCGAGCUCGAAAGAGCUCGUGCCCGCAUCAUUGAACUCGAGACCGAACGGAGGUCAGCAAAGAAAGAGCUGGAUCGAUUCUUGAAAAGGGUUGCCGAGGAGAAAGCGUCAUGGCGAAGCAGGGAGCACGAGAAGGUCAGGGCUAUGAUCGAGGCGACGAAGGCUGAUCUCCACAGAGAGAGGAAAAAGCGACAAAAAGCAGAGAUCGUUCGUGCCAGGCUGAUCGAUGAGCUUGCUGAAGCCAAACUAACCGCGAAGCAGCUCCUGCGUGACUGUGGGAAAGAACGCCGAGCUCGCGAGCUUGUCGAGGAGGUCUGUGAUGAGCUUGCGAAGGAGAUCGGGGAAGACAAAGCUGAGAUCGGAACGCUGAAGAUGGAAGCAUUGAAGAUACGAGAAGAAGCUGAAGACGACAAGAAGAUGCUGCAAAUGGCAGAGGUAUGGCGCGAGGAAAGGGUUCAGAUGAAGUUAAUCGAGGCAAAGCUGAUUCUCGAGGAGAAAUAUUCACAGCUGAGGGAACUGCGAGCGGAGUUGGAAGCAUUUUUGUCUACGAGCGCAGCUGCACACUCCGACUUUGCAUCAGUGCGAGAGGCAGAGCUGCUUAAAGAACAAGUGGACCUGGCAAAUACUGAAGGGAUGGAAGAAUUCUCUUACCAGCCGCCACCUGCUUCGGAAGACAUCCAUGCUGUCUUCGAAGAACUCCAACCAAACCAAGAAACCCAUGAGAGAGACAUCGAACCUUGCUCUGGUCGUAGCCCUGAAAGCCAUGACACCGCGAGUCCAGAGACAGAUGCCUUUCUGGAGCAUCCCCCGGAGCAGAACGCACAUGAGUCGGUAGAUAGCAAGGAUGAUGUAGAAGAUGAUAGUGACCGGGAGAAAGUGAGUCACGCCGAGGAGCGAGGUUCGAGCAACUCGCAUGUUGGGAUCGAACCAUCCGUCGAUGAUUGCUGCAAAGAAAGCUAUGCUUCGGUGAGCGAAACAGAGUCGAAGGAGAACAGACAAGACAAGGUAAACCAAGAAACCAUUGAGGUCUCCUCUGCAAAUGCAAAAUCAAGAAAGGUGAUGGCAUCUUCGAUGUGCAAGCUUUGGAGAUCGUCAGCGCACGAUAUCGUUGACGACCUCUUGAGAACAUCUGAUGAGGUGAAACCAGGCAGGUUGUCUAAUGGAAGUCUAGCCUCGUACCAUGAUGAGGUAUGCGAGAAACUCUCGAUCGAGCACACAACCGGAAGGCUGUCAAAUGGUAAUAAGGUCUCCGAUGACACUUUGUCUCCCGGUAUCGGACCGGGAGGAGCUGGUUCGAGUCCGGCAAAAGGGUGCACCGAACGGCCACGAAGCAAUCAGAGGCACAGUUUAAAGGCAAAGCUGAUGGAGGCAAGGAUGGGGAGCCAAAAGAUUCAGCUGCGUCAUGUCCUAAAGCAGAAGAUGUAACAUAUUCGAAGAGUGUUUCUGUUCUCCGCUGUUGAUUGUUGAGUCAAACUCUGCUGCAGAGUCUUUGCCUCGGUCGCAAAGUCAAGCUUCGUUUAGAACUUGUAAUAACGCAUUUCUGUCUGCUACUCCCGUUGAAAUUUCUCGGCUUGCGAAGCGUUGACUUCCGAUGUCGAUAUGAAAGGGUGAGAGAAGGAGCAGAAGGGCCCCACGCGACGACUGUCAUCAACAUGUGAAAAGGCGGCGUCGAGCUGUAUCUGAAACACGUGAUUCGCCACGUGGGGGUGACGCAUGCACA